GUAUGCUUUUUGUCGUUUUGUUGAUAGCUGUCGCCGGCUUAGUGAAUGCGAAGGAAGCAGAGGAACAGAAACUAUCCUGGAAGGACGAUGAUGGUCUGGAGGUAAAGAUCGUGAAGCCCAUUAACAAGGAGAAAUGUACCGUAGUCUCAAAGCCUGGUGACGAAGUCCUGCAGUUCUAUCGACUGACCGACAAGGACGGCAAGGAAAUCGGCAGCAAUUUCGGCAAAAAACCGUAUACCUUCACCUUGGGUAAAAAUCAAGUCAUAGCUGGAAUGGAUCGUGCUAUGACUGGCAUGUGUAUCGGAGAGAAAAGAAAGAUCGUCAUCCCCGGAAAACUUGGCUUUGGUGACGGUGGAAGAGAAAGAGAUAAUAUCGCCAAGGAUCAGACACUGUACUACACUGUGCAGUUGGUCGAUAUCUUCAAACCGGUAGCUGGCAAAAAAUGGGUAACCGAUGAGGGUAUUUCUAUUGAGGUGACGCACAAAAUCGAUGAUGACAAAUGCCGUAAGUCCGAGACCGGAGACACCAUCCACCAGCAGUACGAGCUCCAUCUUGAGAACGGCACUUUCGUCGAUUCGUCCUUCUCACGCAGCCAGCCAUACAUUUUCCAACUCAACCAAGGAAAAGUCAUAAAGGGAAUGGAUAUUGCAAUGACCGACAUGUGUGAAGGAGAACGCCGCCACGUUGUUAUCCCCUCCGAUUACGGCUAUGGUGACGAAGGACGACUUCCUCAAAUCCCCGUUAUGCUUCUCAUCUUCUCUUUAAUACUGGUGGCAGGGUUAGCAAGUGCAGCCGAAGAGCAGAAACUCUCCUGGAAGGAUGAAGACGGCCUGGAGAUAAAGAUAGUGAAGCCCAUUAAAAAAGAGAAAUGCAAGAUGGUAUCACAAGAGGGUGACGUAGUCGACCAAUACUACAGACUUACCGACAAGGACGGCAAAGAAAUUGGCAGCAAUUUCGGCAAGAAACCGUACACGUUCACCUUGGGAAAGGGUCAAGUUAUCCCCGGAAUGGAUCGUGCAAUGACCGGCAUGUGCAUCGGUGAAAAGAGAAAAGUCGUGAUUCCUGGAAAAUUGGGCUUCGGCAAUGAUGGUAGAGAUAGAGACAACAUUGCUAAGGACCAAACCCUCUACUACACCGUGCAGUUGGUCGAUAUCUUCCGGGCGAAUCCUGGUGACAAGUGGGAAACACCCGAAGGCAUUACAAUUGAGGUAACCCACAAAAUCGACGAUGAUAAGUGCCGAAAGUCAGAAACCGGUGACACCAUCCACCAACAGUACGUGCUCCACCUCGAAGAUGGCACCUUCGUCGAUUCGUCUUUCUCACGAAAUGCUCCUUUCAUUUUCCGGCUCAACAAAGGGGAAGUCAUCAAAGGAAUGGACAUCGCCAUGACUGGUAUGUGUGAGGGAGAAAGACGUCUCGUAAUUAUCCCAUCAGAUUACGGAUACGGUGAUGAAGGACGGCCACCACAGAUUCCUGGCAAAUCCAAUCUUUACUUCGAAAUCACCUUGGAGAAACUCAUCAAAAAGGAUGAAUUAUGA